UGUUCAAAAGUGAUUACAUAAGAAAUCCUUUUUAAUGAGAACUGGAAACGAUUUUCCUGUAAGUCAAGAACAAUUUGAGAUUGGAACGAUCAAGACGUGGAUGAAAAGAUGCCCUUUGUCGACGAUGAACUUUUCUGGUGCGCGGACGUCGACGGAAAAAUAGUAGACUUGUCUUGUUUGGACAGUGGACCAAAUGUUAUCGUUCAACAACAACCUGAAGAUUUUCAGGUUUUGCCAAACACUGACCAUCCAGCUAUGGUACAUGGACUAGAAGAUGAACAAGAAGAGCUUUUGCGCCAACUUUCUGAACCAGGUUUGGAAUUAGACAAUUUGUUUACAAAUACCGACGUUAAGGUAGACUCCGCAAGGAAUCCGUGGAUGUUAUCGGAUUCUUUGUUUGGACUCACGUCGUCUCACCGAAAAAGAAAGAAGCAGCGAAGUUAUAAUGAAUUUGCUCGUUCAUGUUGUUCUUUAAUAUCAUCUGGAGUUUCAGAUAUAUCUUCUUCUAAAACGGUAAACACACCUGACGAACGCCAGGUAGCGCUCUUUACACAACUUUUUUCUUCACCCGCCCUCUGUGUACCAAUCAAAAAGAAUCGUCCAUUGCCAAUGGAAACUAACUUUUCAACUUCAGAAUCUAACAUCACAACGACAGACUGUUUCAAACCAAUGAAUUAUGGAGGUGCAAAAAAUG